AUGGAUGUUUUUGGCAAUGGUAAACGAAAUACUCCAAAACUAAAAGACUCCAUGGGCAGAAAGCAGAAACAAGAUUCAGAAGAAGAAUCUGACUGCCCUGAUCUUGAAUAUAACUAUGGGGAUACAGAUACUCACCUCUGUGAAAUGGCAGAACUGUAUAGUUACUCCGAGUUAGAAGAUUAUCAGACCAAUAUUCAGGAAUUUGAAAGAGUAAUGAAAGCAUUGGACUUUAAACCAUCAUGGCAUAAUUUAAGUAUAGAAAAUAAAAAUAUAGUCGCAUCUAGACUGCUUGAUUCAUUAGAAGUAUCGGACAAAGCAAAACGGAUGAAUGCAGCCAGAUGUGUAUUAUAUUUGUUGCAAGGAUGUUGGGCGGAAUGUCAAUCAGACAAAGAUCAACAGACUAAUGCCAAAGAAAAUAUACUUUUUUUAUAUAAAUUUGGCGUUUAUAAUAUAUUUGUAAAUCUGCUGAAUAUGGAAAUAGAAUCAGUACAAUUUCAUCGAAAAACUCAAAUUAAUUGUACAGAUUCUACAAAUUUAAGAAUCAUUUUGAAUGUGUUGUACACAUUUAUUGAAGUACUUAGAGUGUCAGAAUUUGAAACAGAUGUUGAAUUCAAAGAAUUUAGAGAAAAUCUGUUAUUAGAUAUAGGCUUACCUUAUACAGAAGACCAUUUAAUAGUAAAACUAUUAGGAAUGAUUACUAGAUUUUGCAGUGGAUUGGCAUCAUAUUAUCCAAUGAAAAAAGUUUUAUUGUUGUUGUGGAAGUUAAUUUUAGUUCUACUCGGUGGAAUGGACAAACUGGCUAAUUUAAAAAAUGAAUACCGAAAAAAUGUAGAAUUACCAGAACUUCAAGAAGAUCCAAUUGAAAUAAUUAAAUCGAUGCGGUCAUCUUCACCACCACCAAGUUCCACAGAUAUGAUGAAUGCACAAAAACGUGGCACACGUCAGAAGAGAGGCCUAAUAAAACAGAGUUCAUUAGACGAAUCUCUUGUAGUUAUGGAUUUAUCCUAUCAGAAUGAUGAAGAUUUACAAGACUAUGAAGAUCAGCAACUAGGAAUGGAUGAUAUUUCUAGUAUGAAAAAUAUACAAGAAAUAAAUGAUUAUAGGCCACAAACACCACCAACACCAUUGGUGAUAAAAGGCCUACCAUGGGUACCUAAAGUUCGUCAUAAGGACUUACAAUUUUUUUUGGACCAGACAAGAAUUAAAUUCCUUGGUUUUAAAUUGGACAAUGAUAUCGAGACACUAAUUGGCUUACCUGAUCCCAUACACGAAAGUGUAGCUAUUCUUAAACAAUAUAUGUAUACAUCAUUAGCUGAUUACCAAAUAAAAAAAGAAGAAACAAUUCAAAGAAAUCCUAUAAUUAUGGGCAAUGAUGAUGUUGAACAAACACCUGCGGAAGUUUUAUAUCAGGCGAUGUUGCCAAAUUUACCUCAGCAUAUGAUUGCAUUAUUGAAAAUAUUAUUGGCUGCAUCACCUACUUCAAAAGCUAAAAGUGAUUCAAUCAAUAUAAUUGCUGAUAUAUUACCAGUUGAUGUGCCAAUGUCAUUUUCUGAGUCAGUUAAGCUAGAAACUGAUAUCAAUAGACAGAAAGAAAUUGUAGUAAAAGCUAUAAGUGGUAUAUUGCUCUUACUACUGAAACAUUUUAAAGCAAAUCAUAUUUAUCAAUUUGAGUUUAUCUCUCAACAUCUAGUAUUUGCAAAUUGCAUACCACUUGUAAUCAAGUUUCUGAAUCAAAAUCUCGUAUCUUAUGUAUCAUCUAAAAAUACGAUUCCAAUACUAGAUUUUCCAACAUGUGUUAUUGGUGAUGGACCUGAUCUUUCUUUAGACAACAUUGAAAUAGGAGAGUUUCCGUUAUGUUCAUGGAGAAAUGUUUAUUCUUGUAUUAAUUUAUUAAGAGUCUUGAAUAAAAUAACAAAAUGGAAACACUCACGAAUCAUGAUGCUAGUUAUAUUUAAAUCUGCACCAAUAUUGAAAAAAUCAUUAAAAGUAAGACAUGCUAUGAUGCAACUUUACAUUUUAAAACUGUUGAAAAUGCAAGCAAAAUACCUUGGUCGGGCAUGGAGAAAAUCUAAUAUGAAAACUAUGAGUACAAUAUAUCAAAAAGUUCGACACAGACUAAAUGACGAUUGGGCAUAUGGAAAUGAUCUCGAAGCACGUCCAACUGAUUUUCAAAUUGAAGAACGGUUUUUGAGAUCGGCAGUUGAUAAAUUCCAUGCACGGCGAUACUCUCAACAAUAUGAUGACGAACUUACACCAAGUGAUUUUUCAAUCAAUACCGCUUUGGGAAAACCUGUCAAGUUAUCGGGGGAAUUUAAACAGCAUUACAAGAUUUGGUUGGAUCAAGAAGUGUUUCAGAAUAACAUUGAUUGGAACGCAUUAGUCACAGACUUUGAAAUUUAA